GUUACCAUGGUGAAGCUGGCAGCCAAGUGCAUCCUAGCAGGAGACCCGACAGUGGGCAAGACCGCCCUGGUACAGAUCUUCCGCAGCGAUGGAGCCCACUUUCAGAAGAACUACACCCUGACAACAGGAGUGGACCUGGUGGUGAAGGCGGUGCCGGUACCCGACACGGGCGACAGUGUGGAGCUCUUCAUUUUUGACUCUGCUGGCAAGGAGCUGUUUUCUGAAAUGCUGGAUAAAUUGUGGGAGAGUCCCAACGUCUUGUGUCUCGUCUAUGAUGUGACAGAUGAGCAAUCCUUCAGUAACUGCAGCAAGUGGCUGGAGAAGGCACGGUCACAGGCCCCAGGCAGCUUCCUCCCAGGUGUUUUAGUGGGGAAUAAAACCGACCUGGCUGGCAGACGAGCGGUGGAUGCAGCGCAGGCCCGGGCAUGGGCGCUGGGCCAAGGCCUGGAAUACUUUGACACAUCCGUGAAGGAAAUGGAAAACUAUGAAGCUCCUUUCCACUGUUUGGCCAAGCAGUUCCUCCACCUGUACCGGGAGAAAGUAGAGGCCUUCCACUCUUUGGUGUGA